CCUCCCCGCGCCUCAGAGGCUUGUGCCCUCAUAACUUCGUCCCGCCGGACAGAGAUGACUCGGCCGUCGCCAUGGAUUUUUGGUCGCGCUUGUUAAGCCCUCUCUCCUCCGGGAGCUCCCGCCAGGAACAGGCAAAGGAUCCCGCCAAGCGUCUUCAUCGCUUCGAGAAGGAGUAUGCCGGAUUGCUGUCCAUCUGGCGCAAAUCUACCAACCUGUCCCAAGACAUCGACGCCGCCGAAACGGUCGAGAUCAGGCUCCAAGAGCUUACCAACAUCCUCAGCGACGAAAGCCGCCGGCCGCUGCCGCACCCGUGUAUCCAGUAUGCCUCGAUCAAGCAGAUAUACGUGCCCAUCGGCAAGAUUGCGACGUCGUCCUACAACGAAUGGAUCAUAAAGGAGGCUGUCCUCUUCUUUGCGACGCUAAUUGAGAGCGAAGAAGAGGCAUUUGUCGAAAACCACACCUUCUCUGCCAGUCUUACAAACCUGCUGGUGCGCAUCACUGGCGUCAACAGCGCUCGUCUCGGGCUGGAUACCGAGUCACGAGUCGUGGAGCUGGCAUUCAACAUCACCACCAAGAUACGUCUGGACCCUGAGAUCUUGCCUGCUUGGUUUAAGACGCAGCAGGACGUCAACCGGCCAAGCGACAGGGCUGCCAGUGUCCGGGACAAGUUCGCCGGUCGAACUAAGAGGGCCGAUUUCCCCCUCUUUUACAUCCUGAUGGACUACAUCCACCACGAAGGCAAGGUUGGCGACUUUGCGCGUACGGGGCUUCUGUACAUCAUUGAGGCAGCUUCGAGCUCGGAAUCGUUGGAGCAAUGGAUCGUCGAGAGCGACCUGUCGACGCUCAUGGCCACUGGGCUGGGAGCUCUAUACAGCCAGCUGAGCCGCAAGCUCGUCAUAGACCACCUGCCGAAUAACUUGCCGCCUAUCCUCGCCCUCUCCGACUACCAACACCCAACAUCAAACUACGAAAUUGUUAGCUCCUGCUCUGGCGAGUUCCAAUCCCACCUGGAGACCUUUUUAUCACACCUCCUCUUUUGGCAAGACGUCUUGAACCAUUGCAAAUCUGUCGAGGUCAAAUCGACACUCCUUGAACAUUUCCAGGUUAUUUUCUUACAACAGCUCUUAUACCCUUCAUUGCUUGAGUCUUCCGAUAUAGACGGAGGCUCGUCCGUUGCAGUUUUGACCUAUCUUCGUCGUAUCAUAGAAUCUCUGGAUCACCCUGACAUGAUCAACCUCAUUCUUCACUACCUCUUGGCUUUACCAGAGACUGUCACUUCGAACAGCCCCCCUUCUGGGACUGCUAUAAGCGCUGCUCGACAGCGCAAAUCCAUGGAUCUCGCUACAAUGAUGGCGGAGAAACCCGACACGACUGCUACGCCGCUGCUUUUUAACUUGGUCGAUCUUAUUCUGGCUUGUCUUCGAUCGCGCAACCAGCAAACCAUUUAUGUCACCCUCCAGCUGGUGUCGGCCAUUGUGAAAAGGCACCAUCGAUACGCAGUGCUCACCCUCCUUCAGACCGACAUGUUUCCCAGCAACAACAUCAACCGAACUGUGGGCGCCCAUGAACAAGAGAUUGAGUAUCUCAUGGCUCUGGCGGAGACUAUUGGCGGCCGAGGCGACUUUGAUGAGACCUACGAGAGCAUUUUGAAAGAUACCAUGGCUCGGCUCGAAAGCCACCCAUGCUCUUUGAGGCUGGUUGCGCCCAGACUGUCACAGCACAACCACAAGACACCUACAAUUCCAGACAGUCUUCCGGGCGCGCCAAAAGAUGUUAGGGAACACACGCUCCGCAGCGAUGAUCUUUUACUCAACUCUAUACUCGAUUUGAUGGAAAACUUCUUCAUGAACCCAGUAGAGACGAAUUUGUCAGUCACCGAUACCAUAGUUGACAUGGCAAUAUGCGGUUAUAUGAGCAUUGAGGGCUGGCUUGCGCGAAAUCCCAAGAGCUACACCUACGCUGGGGACGAGCAGCAGCCGGAGCCUGAAAAGGGGAUUGAAACUAAAUCACAGCAAGAAGGAGAAGGAGAGGAAGAGACGGAGACGGAGACGGAGACUGAGACUGAGAAGGGGGACGACGCCGAUACUGAGCCCGGCAAUAAGUCACUGGCUGAUGAGCUUGGUUCGCAAGACGGUGAUUCCUCGGAUGGCGGCUUCUCGACGUUCACAGAUGACACGGAGGCAGAGAGACUGGAGUCAAUGGAAAAGUGCAGGCGCCGACCAAAAUGGACUCAGCAAUCUCUUCCUCGUAUUCUUAUUGUGUUGAAGCGCCUCUGCGACCAGGUCGAGGCUUUCAAGCAGACGGUACCUCGAUUUGACGAGCUUCUUCAACAGCGACGAGAAGCUUUCCAGACGGCGAAUGCAAUCAUGGACAACCCUCCAGCCCCGGUUCAGCCUCGCACGCCAGAGCGGCCGAGUUCCACUCUUGAUGAGGUUAUCCGAUCCGUGUCUCCGUCUCGUCCGACUGGCCUUGAGGGUUUUGCUCAGCGGCUGCUGUCAGAACUCUCAACUCCUAGCCGCUCCGUAACGCCCAGAGGCCGCAAGAAUAGCACUCGGACGUCCGGUGCUUCGACGCCUGGCUACAAUGUGUCGGAUCUGCUCUCUCCCAGCCCCUUCCCCAAUACUUCCAAGCCUCUGCCCGACCCCACCAGGAACGCUCUUAACCGGAGCUUGUCACCGUCAAGUGCUCAGAGCGGAGCCAGCGGAGGGCGAGAAGGGCGGCAAAGCCAAGCAAGCAUUCAGCCAGCCGAAUUUACAGCCAUGGAUCAAAGCAUUUUAGCCCGGCGGGUAGCCUUGCCAGGCGAGCAAGUCAAGCUGAUGCCAUUGGACUCGGAGAGAAAGCCGGUGCAUGAUGCUCCCGAGUCUUUGUUCUCCGGAGAUGAACUGGCCAGUCUAGACGGAGACGAUAGCAGUGCGGACCGGAGCGAAGUUGCCACCGAGCCGACUGUUACGACGGAAACGACAGACAAUGCCGAACCAACAAGCCCGACGAGUGAUGAAAACAUGGUUUCGGUGUCGCAUGUCAUUACCAACGUACUGAUAUACCAAUCGUUCCUUUUGGAGCUGGCCAGCUUGAUGCAAGUUCGGGCCGGGCUGUUCAAUGAGGUACGCUUUGUUUGAUUGGAUGCGGAGUUGGAGAUGCCAUCACUUGGCAGAGGAUUUUAUUUCCCGGAGAAUGCAAGAAUAUGAGUUUUCGCGGGAAGUUAUUCGGGGUUGGAUGCGUUCUCCAUUCUCCGCGGCACUGGAGCGGAAUGGAUGGAGGGCGUCGCUGUAGUAGGAUCAAGGAACAUUGCAUAUUGUAUAAAGUUGCAUAGUGCGAGAAGAAGACUGCAUUUUUAGAGAAUAGCAUGAUGAGAGCAGGCAGCCAGGAAACUGUGUGCGUGAGAAAGAGAGCAUGUGCUUGUGGGUGUGUGGGUGUGGCUUGCUUUCGAUCUGUUCCCCCAAUUCCCGCUCAAUCCCUCGUACACAGUACCCGAGUGAUUUAUGGAUAGCGAGAGGAGGGCAAUUCACCCGACGGGUUUAUUGCAGACGAGUUUAUGACAUGACGUGUAAGUGCCUUGCGGCGCGCGUGUGUGUAUGUACGUAGAGAAGAGAUCAGACGCCGCGAAUGGAUCUGGCCUUGGAAAGAGCGUUGAAGAAAUUAAGUGAAGAAAGCGUGUUGGUAUGGCUUUUUUGUAUAUUGCUACGGGUGCGGAUUGAUGUGUAACUGACGGACCACCCAAAAAAAAUAGGGACAGCGAGGUCUGCUAUUUAGAAUACAUGAAAGUAUGCAAAACAGAUAUGGCAUGGAGAAUAAAUGUAUGCCUCCAGUACUAGAAAGGCGAGCAGAGAUAUAGACAGAAUGAUGAAUAUUCCGUUGAGACG